CAUCGCCAUCUUCGCUCUGCCUGCCUGCCUGCCUCUUCCCCCUCUCGAAACAACACCCAUAUCCAUCCCUCAAGCGCGUGCCCAACGCCUUCGUGCUGCUGCUGCAGUGGCCUGUGGCUUGGCUUGGCUUCUUCCUCUUGCUUGCUUGGUGUGGUGUGGCUGAGCUGAGCUGAGCAGAGCAGAGCUGAGGGGCUUUGCUUGCAUGGUUGGUCACCUGGAGGGUCACUGUCUGUCUCUGCUUUUCCUCUCCCUCUGCGUCCUUGCUUCCUUUUGGCCUUUUGCUUUCCCUACCUCCUCUUGCCUUUCAAUAAUCAUCAUGGAGAAGGUGUGUGUUCGUUCUUGAAGCCUUCUCCUCCCCCUCUCAUCCCAUCUCAUCUCCACCGGUGUUCCAAGUCCACCUCUGCUGCUCUCUGGAAAACUUCUGCUAUUCUUUUCUCUUCUUUUCAUCUUUUCCUGGUGUAAUUCUGGCUCUAGAUAACUGCAGGUCUUUUAGGGAUUUGGCUUUCCCUUCUGUGUUCAUGUGGUGUUGAUGCGGAAGGUUUGAGGAAAGUUCCCUUUCUUGCUCUCGGUCGCCACCCACCAUUAGCUUCUCAGGAUUAACUCAAUUGCGCUCAAUUAGGCUUGGUUCUUGCUGGGAGUUUGGUCAAUUGGGAGUUCUUGUCCUAGGGUUAGUUUCCUUCCUUGGAUUGAGCCAAUUGGGAGGUGUUUGGGGAGCUCUCCUCUCAAAGCGAUUCCGUUGUAACUGCUAGUGCAUAAAUACUUGUUCUUGGGCUCCGAAUUGGCGCAAAUUGGGAUGCUUUCGGACGCCAUGAUGAUGGAGGCCAGAAAGGGGCUGAUAGCGAGGGAGAUGGAUCAGUUCCCUGUCGGCAUGCGGGUCCUCGCCGUCGACGAUGACCCGGUGUGCCUCAAGGUUCUGGAGACCCUACUUCGGCGCUGCCAGUACCAUGUAACAGCUACCAACCAGGCCAUCACUGCACUUAAGCUCUUAAGGGAGAACAAGGACAUGUUUGAUCUGGUUAUCAGCGAUGUCCAUAUGCCCGAUAUGGACGGCUUCAAGCUGCUCGAGCUUGUGGGGCUUGAAAUGGACCUUCCUGUCAUCAUGUUAUCAGUGAACGGAGAGACAAAAACUGUACUGAAGGGGAUAACCCAUGGUGCCUGUGAUUAUCUCCUAAAACCCGUUCGCAUCGAAGAGCUUAGGAACGUGUGGCAGCAUGUUGUUAGGAGGAAAUUCAGUAACCGGGAGCCCAGUAAUCUUGAUUUCUGCAAGGAAUUCAGCAAGCCGCCGAGCGCAGAUUCGUACCACGGGCUCAACCAGGUCACUUGUGGGUCAUCUGACCAAAGUAGCAGGGCCUGCAAGAAGAGGAAAGAACUGCACAGCGAAGAGGAAGAUGAAGGCGAGGACAACGACGCACAAGAGAACGAUGAGCCCUCGGCGUCGAAGAGGCCGAGAGUUGUAUGGUCAGUCGAGCUGCAUCGGAAAUUUGUUGCUGCUGUCAACCAUCUUGGAAUUGACAAAGCUGUACCGAAAAGAAUACUUGAGCUGAUGAACGUGGAGAAGCUCACCAGGGAAAAUGUUGCGAGUCAUCUACAGAAGUACAGGCUAUACCUCAGACGGCUAAGCGCUGUGGCAUCACAGCAAGCUAGCAUUGCUGCUGCUUUUGGAGGUAGAGACCCAUUUUUGCACAUGGGGGCAUUUGAAGGACUUCAUAGCUAUCAAACUUUUGCUCCUUCUGUUGCUCUUUCAUCUUUCAAUCCACAUGGAUUGCUAAGUGGUGCUGGUGCAACAGCCUUUGGGCUUCAGGAACUUGCUCCUUCCAAGGCAAUCCAGUGUGCUACCAGCAAUGGCGCAGUAGGUCAUUGUGCUGGCGACACAAAUAAAUUUCACAUAGUGAGUUUACAAGAAAACCAACCGGCAAGUUUAACGCAAGGCUUGACCACAUCGCUUGGUCUGCCUCAACUCCAACAGAAGUGGAUCCAUCAAGAAACUAAUGAUUUGUCCAGUGUCUUUUCUGGGAGUGCUCUGGCUAACACUAUGUCUGGCACACUCCAAAGAGUUGCAAGCAGUUCAUUGCCACCAGAAGAGCUUUUGGAGUGCAGACAUAGCCAAGUCGGAGUCCAUCCAUCAAUAAGACUGCCAUCUGCUAGUUCAGGAUUGGUUGAAAGGUCUGCUGGAGUUUCCACUAAUUUGCAGGAUUCUAGUAUAUCCCAGCAGGGUGCCCUUCCAAUUAAUGGUGGGUUUUCCAUCGACAAGUUACCAUUGCACUGCACAUUCGACAGUGCUGGUGCAACAAAAUUGGAUGCUAGCUUUGUGGCUCCAGAAAAAAGUAUAGAUCCAAAGGGGAAAUUUUCAGAAAGAAUAGCAGUUUGUCCUUCUGAUAGCCUUGUAGCAGCCAACAAUGCCAAAGGUGGAGCUAGUUCUUCUGGCAGUACAAUGCGGCUCUCACCUGAUACUGAGAGACAUUCAAAAUACUUGCAGUUUGGAGUUGCAAGCAAUUCUACACAUAGAAUGGAUGGGAGACAAGACCAUAUACACAACCAAAGACUGAACGGAAGUUUCAGUUAUAAUGGUGAUGCCAGUGUGCCUGAACAAACAAAUAUGUAUGAUUUGGGUAUUACAAAGCUGCAGGGUGGGUUUAACUCCAGUAGCUGCAAUUUUGAUGGUCUUCUCAAUUCCAUAAUCAAAGUGGAGAGCGACGAUGUGCCAUUCUCGGAUAGCGAUCUAGGGUGUGAACUUUUCCCACUUGGUGCGUGCAUAUGAGAGCUAUUAUUUAUAGACAGACAAGAGGAGGUGAUUGUACAGUUGUGAGCUUAGGGUAUUUACCAGCUAUGCUUAUGUUGUUGCCUGAUAUGUCUUCCUAGUAUAUCCAGUAGGGAAUGUGUACGCAAGAUAAUUUGGGGCACCAACUAGGUAGCUAGGGAUUUAAUGGCUUGUAAUAAUCUGCACUAGUUCCUAAAAAAAUCUGUACUACUUUCUUUUUCCUGAAGAGUGGGUAAUGGAAGUGAUUAUGCUCAGAUCA